AUGAUGCUAUCAAUGGAAGAGCUAGCGUGUGAGCUGAGUGAUCAUGAAAAGAGAAACGCUCAAGGUUUGCCACCCGGUUUCAGGUUUCACCCAACUGAUCAAGAACUCAUUACCUUCUAUUUGGCUUCCAAGGUCUUCAAUACUACUACUACUACUACUCAUGUCAACUUUGUGGAGGUUGAUCUCAAUCGAUGCGAGCCAUGGGAACUUCCAGAAGUGGCAAAGAUGGGGGAGAGAGAGUGGUAUCUGUACAGUGUGAGAGACAGAAAAUACCCAACGGGCCUCAGAACUAACAGAGCAACCGCUGCUGGGUACUGGAAGGCUACCGGCAAGGACAAGCAAGUAUACGGCGGCGGUGGCCUUGUUGGGAUGAAGAAGACGUUGGUGUUCUACAAAGGGAGGGCCCCCCGCGGUCAGAAGACUAAAUGGGUAAUGCAUGAGUUCCGGUUGGACCCUCACAGCUCUCCUUCCCUCUCUAAGGAUGAGUGGGUAAUAUGCAGAAUAUUUCAUAAAAGUGGGGAAAAGAGAACUCCUACUACUACUCCUGCUCCUCUGCUACUUCAUCAUCAACAACACGAUCCAUCAUCACUGUUCAAUGACCAUAUCUCCCACUCUCAUAAUCAUAAUCAAAACCUCCUCUCGCCAUUGCUUCAUCCUUUCCCAAUCCCUGAAGAAACCACUAAAACCAAAUCAUCAACAAUUAACAGCAACCAUUACCCUCCACCACCACCUUCCUCCCAACACUUGCUUAAGCUCAAUAAGUCUACUAAAUUAACAAAAACAGUGCCUCCUUCUCCAUCAUUCUUCCAAUACCAACAGCUUCUAGAAGAUGAUCCCAACUUAUUGCAUUGGAUGGACAGUGGUAAUAAUAAUAAUAAUAACUGCAAGGCUAAUAAUACUGCUAGUAGUGUUGAGAUAAUGGAUGCUGCUGCUGCUGGCUUGAUAGCAUUCUCAUCAGGAGGACCUUCACCUACUCCUACUAAUAAUAAUAAUAACAAUUCUGAAAUAAUAAGGGACAUGAUGAUGAUGUCUUCUUCUUCGGCUUCUAUGCUGCACAUACUCGACGAUGCUCCUCUUGGAAUUCAAUCUUGGCCUCAUCAUCAUCAUCAUCACCUUCUGUAA